ACAGCAUUACCAUAUAGAAACAUCAAAACAUUCAUUACAUAAAACAUACAGUGUUUACCAGAAGACAUCAUCAUCUUUGUAUCUAUAUCUAUAUAAUUAUAUAUAUAUAUAUCUCCCUCUUCUCUCUUUUUAGGAUUCUUCUUCUUCUCAGACAAAACAUCACUCCUUCACAUCAUUCCUCUCUCUCUCAACAAAAACACACACACAGCAUCAUGUCAUGUGACUGAAACACACAUUGUUUACUCUUCUCUAACGGAUAGUUGGAAGAAAUGACGAAGGUAAGCCCUGAAGUUGUCGAUGAUAUGGAGAUGCAAGCUGUUUUGUCGGUAUCAGCAGAUGUGAGUUUCACAUCAAAUAAGUUUCCCAAGUAUAAAUUAGGACCUGAUAAUCAGAUUAUAGAUGAAGCAACUGUGGAUAGUAAGGGCCCACCAUUGAAAGAGGUGGUGGCACAAGAAACUGAACAAUUAACUGAUCAGCACAAACGCCUCUCAGUUCGUGACCUGGCCAGUAAGUUUGACAAGAAUUUGUCUGCUGCAGCUAAGUUGACGAAUGAGGCCAAACUCAGAGAGGUGGCUUCGUUAGAGGGUCAUGUACUUUUAAAGAAACUCAGAGAUGCCUUGGAAUACUUAAGAGGUCGAUUAGCUGGGCGAAACAAGGACGAUGUUGUCAAAGCUAUCUCUAUGGUGGAAGCAUUGGCAGUAAAGUUGACUCAAAAUGAAGGGGAGUUGAUACAAGAGAAGUUUGAAGUAAAGAAGCUAGCAAAUUUUCUCAAACAGGCUUCGGAAGAUGCUAAAAAGUUGGUAAACCAAGAAAGAUCUUUUGCUUGUGCAGAAAUUGAGAGUGCCAAAGCAGUGGUGCGAAGGAUCGGGGAGGCUCUUGAUGAGCAAGAAAGGAUAUCAUUAACCUCGGGAAAGCAGGAAAUGGAGGAGAUGAUGGAGGAAAUCCAGCAGGCUAGAAGAAUUAGGUUGCUACAUCACCCCGUCAAGGUGAUGGGCAUGGAACAUGAACUUCGAGCCUUGAGGUUACAAAUCCAAGAGAAAUCUGCCUUUUCAGUAAAGCUUCAGGAAGAGCUAACGCUGAAGAAAUGGGCUGAGGAGAACAAGCUAAGCUUAUACGCAUUAGAAGGUUCUGGAAGUUUGGGAUCAAUUUUAAGACUUCAACCAUCCUCGGAAGACGCCUUGGAGCUCUCAAAAUGCUCAAUCCAGUGGUAUCGCUUAUCAUCUCAAUGUAGCAGAAGGGAGCUUAUUUCAGGUGCUAACAAAUCAGUAUAUGCUCCGGAGCCCUAUGAUGUUGGACGGAUUCUGCAAGUUGAUGUUAUCUCAAAUGGCCAAAAAUCUACUGUGACAACAACUUGUCCUGUACAACCUGCUAUUGGAUUGGAGAGUUACGUAGAGACGCUUUCUAGGAAAAGCAAUUCCGAAUUCAGUGUGGUGAUAUUCCAGAUGAAUGGACGGAAUUAUUCAUCGCAUUCUGCGCAUUUGUUACGUGUGGGGAAAAUGAGGAUGAAGCUUUCGAAAGGAUGGAUUACAAAGGCCAGGGAUGCUUAUUCCUCGACAUCAAUGCAGCUAUGUGGGUUCAGAGGUGGCGGGAAUCUGGCGGCUAAAUCAUUGUUUUGGCAAUCAAGAAAAGGGCAGUCUUUUGUAUUAGUGUUUGAAUCAGAACGAGAAAGAAAUGCAGCCAUUGUUCUAGCCCGGAGAUACGCUCUUGAUUGCAAUGUGGAGCUGGCUGGACCAGAUGAUCAAGCAUCACUUUAUCUUCUCUGACUUCACUAAUGCAAGUAUAACCAGCUUUCCAAAGUGGAUUGAUUAUUUAAAUUUUUUUUUUUCACUUCUAAUUUUGAGUGUGUUCCUUUUCUUUUGGGUUUGUUUAAUUUUUUUAAUUUUUUUUUUCUACUAAUUUGAUCAUUUGUGCAUCCUUUAUAGGCAUAGUUUUGGUUUGCCUGUUCAUCGGCUGUAACAAUUUUUUUAUACCGAGUUGUUCGUAUGUUUUUUA